CGAUUUGAGGCAGACAUCAGACAGAGGGACACGCAUCGCCACCUAAAUCGUCGUUCCCUCACUCACUCAGCAAUGAAGCGAAAGAAAUGGUCCGAACUCGAAGAGCAGACUCUGCUCUCGAAAUACUCGGAGCUGCUCAACUCAGGUGCCUUAGCUAAGCUCAGGACCCGCGAGAAGAAGUUCAAGCCCGUUGCUGAUCAUGUCAACUCCGUCCACCAUCUUCAAGACCCUGGCACCUUCCCUUUCAAGUGGUCAUGGCGCGACGUAUCCAUCAAGGUCCAGAACAUGCGCCAUCAGUACUUGGGCGUCAAGCAGAAAAUCCGAGUCUCCAAGGACGAGUUCAAUUGGAAAGACGGAGAGAACCACUGGGAGAAUUUCCUGAAAUACAAGGAGGUUUUCGGCGAUGUGGAGCUUGAUCCUAGGGGGAAACGGAUGACCGAUAAUAUUGACGUUUUUGGGGAUUGCGGAGAUUUAGAUUUCGGGAUCGAUGCCUAUGAUUCAGAGGAGGAAGAAGAUGAGGCGGAAGGUGCUGGUGAUGAUGAUAAUACUGAUGUGGAUGACGUGGGUGAAGAAGGUGUGGGAAGUGAGGGUGAGUUUCGGGGUGAGAAGGAAAUUGCUGAAGUGGGUCUUCCUCCGGUGAAGAUGCUGAAGAGGGGUUUUGGUGUGUACAGGAGAUUGGGUUCCAUAGGUGCACAGGUUUUGGAAUUGAGGGAUGCGAUGAUGAAGAGAGAGGAGAGGAGAAGGGAAAGGGAGUUUCGAAAAGAGAAGGUAGAGUUGGAGAGGGAAGCCAAGAGGAAAGAAGCUGAGUUCAGAAAGGAGAAACGAAGGAGUGAGAGGGAGGAAUGGUUGGAGAAUAGAGAAUUGGAAUUGGAAGAGAGACAAUUGACCUGGGCACGAAAGGAGUUUGAGAAAAGGGUAAGGUUAGAACGAGAACUGAACGAAGAGCGAAAAUGGAGGAAGAGGAUGGAGGAGAAGAUGGAGGAAGAGGAGAUGGAGUGGAGGGAGAGGAUGGUAGCUUUGCAAGUUGAACAUGAAAAGCAGAUGAUGCAGAUGCAUGCUGAUGCGUGUCAGAACCAAAUGCAGAUUCUUGGAAUCACGGCUCGACUUAUUUGUCAAUUUUUUGGUUCAGCAAGUGAUGCAUUAGGUGGUGGAUUGGGGGCCUUGCCUCCUCAAGUAUUGCAGAAUUUGCAGCAUACAGACGGAUUGGGUGAAAAUGUUAAACCUGAUGCCAAUUCGCCUUCAGAAUUUAUGUAAACUGUACCUUUUUAAGUAUGAACUCUUCAUACGCACUAUGUAUAUAGGUCGGGGCAACUGAUCUUUCCAAGAUCUGGAAAGACGGAUUCUUGUGAACGCAGUUACUUAAUGUGGGAAAUGGGAAUAAUCUUUCCAGAUUCAUUCAAUUUCAGCUUUGCCUUUACGUUUUAAGGGGUGAUCCAACUUGCUAGCUGCCUGGACUGAUCUUUCACAAGUGUAUCACGGUUUACUAUUUUCUUGGAAGGAUGUCUUCAGUUAUGGGGCAGUGUAAGGGAAAGGUUGAUCAUAUCCAGGCUUAAAUCACAAAUGGCUCCAAAGAAGAACGACCCAAGCUUGAGGUUCAUGACAUGUUGACCCCAUUAUCGCGGCCAUGUAAAGGGGUGUGUGUAAUGGACGUGAUAAUAGAUGAAAGCUGGAUUUAAAAAUUGGAGAAUCGGAUCACAUUCUAAGGUAACCCUACAAGCUAGCAUGAUUCAGUCUCAUCUCUAAUAUCAGUCAAUAUCAAUUUUUGUUUGGUGAUACAAUAUCAAUAUUUUUAUAAAAUUGCAAUAAAGUGUAGAAAGUUGAAUUAUUUACAAAACUAUUGUGAAUGGUAUAGUUCAUUUUGUGUUCUGUGUAAAUGUCAAAUGUGUAGGAUUCACGCUAGUUUUGUAUGAAAAUUUUGACCUUUCUAGGAA